AAGACUCGCCCUUGACGUCUUAAACAAGAGAAGGAAAAAAAGAACGAAAGAAAAAAAAAAAUUGCUCGACCAGCUUCCUACCGUGUCCCGUUCUUCUUCACCACCUCUCUCCACUGAAUUAAAAAGCAUGCUUGCUUUAAAGCCUUAAACUAAAAGCUAACCCCUUCUCCAGGACCACCCCUCGUACUAAUUUAUACCUCAGAGGGGCCAAGUGUGCAGAACGAAAGCGAAACUUGAACUGAAAGAAAGAGAAGGUUGGCCUGUUGCAGUACCAACCACUCUCUCUCUCUCCCAUUUCACCCAAAAAUCCAUACAAAACAAAGUCAUCAAACAGGAAGCCAAGAUUGAUCCGAAAAAUUGAGAGUACAAUCACGACGGAAAAAAAAUGUUAGUACAAGACCGUUCGGUCCCGAAACCCUCAAAACCCUCUUCCGACAACCGCAACGGCGAGCAUCGCCGUUUCGCCCUCCAUCCAGCUAAGAAUCUGGACUUCUCCGCCUGGUUCUCGAACAAUCUUUACAAGAUCCUCGCCAUCUUCCUCCUCGUCGCCACCGUCGCCGCCCUCUUCUUCCUCCGGAGCGCCGGCGACACCGCCGCCCUCCUCUGCUUCGAGAAGACCCAAUCCGCCACCGCUACCGCCUCCUCCCGCAUCGCCUACCCCCAGAUCUCCUGGAACUCCGUCCGCCCCCUCGGCCCCUCCGCCGCCGCCUCCCCCUACGCCUCCUUCCGCUCCGACCGCUGGAUCGUUGUGUCGGUCUCCGCCCCGCCCUCCGACUCCCUCCGCGCCCUCGCCCGCGUCAAGGGCUGGCAACUUCUCGCCGUCGGCAACUCCCAUACCCCUCCCGAUUGGUCCCUCAAAGGCGCGAUCUUCCUCUCUCUUGAGCAGCAAGCGCUGCUCGGCUUCCGCACCGUCGAUUUCCUCCCCUACAAUUCCCAUGUCCGCAAGUCCGUCGGGUAUCUUUUCGCCAUCCAGCACGGCGCCAAGCUGAUCUUUGACGCCGACGACCGAGCCGAGGUUGUCGGCGCCGACCUUGGCAAGCAUUUCGAUCUCGACCUCGCCGGUGAGGCCCAUGCGACGAAGCACCCGGUGCUCCUCCAGUACAGCCAUGCCGAUCCCAACAGGAUGGUGAUCAAUCCAUAUGUUCACUUUGGGCAGCGGUCGGUUUGGCCGAGAGGGCUGCCGCUGGAGAAUGUCGGUGAGGUCGGGCAUGAGGAGUUCUACACUGAGGUCUUUAGCGGCCGGCAGUUCAUCCAGCAGGGGCUUUCCAAUGGUCUGCCAGAUGUUGACUCUGUAUUCUACUUCACCCGCAAGUCGACGACCUUGGAGGCUUUCGACAUCCGGUUUGAUGAUGAUGCUCCCAAGGUUGCGCUGCCGCAGGGCAUGAUGGUGCCUGUCAACUCUUUCAACACCAUUUUCCACACACAGGCAUUCUGGGGACUAAUGCUGCCGGUCUCCGUCAGUUCGAUGGCUUCGGAUGUGCUGAGGGGAUACUGGGCGCAGAGGAUCCUGUGGGAGAUUGGGGGCUAUGUGGCAGUCUAUCCGCCAACCAUCCACCGGAUGGACAAGGCACAGUCGUACCCUUUUGCGGAAGAGAAGGACCUCCAUGUGAAUGUUGGCCGCCUUAUCAAGUUCUUGAUUCAAUGGAGAUCAAAGAAGCAUACGCUCUUUGAGAGGAUCCUGCAUCUGAGCUAUGCAAUGGCUGAGGAGGGGUUCUGGACAGAGCAGGAUGUGAAGUUCACAGCCGCUUGGCUGCAGGACUUGAUUGCUGUUGGAUACCAGCAGCCAAGAUUGAUGUCAUUGGAGUUGGACCGGCCGAGAGCAACCAUUGGGCACGGGGACAUGAGGGAGUUCGUCCCUAAGAAGCUGCCAUCCAUCCACCUUGGGGUGGAGGAGACCGGGACUGUGACUUACGAGAUUGGAAACCUUAUACGGUGGAGGAAGAACUUUGGUAAUGUUGUGCUUGUUAUGUAUUGCACUUCACCUGUGGAGCGCACUGCCCUGGAGUGGAGAUUGCUUUAUGGUCGGAUAUUUAAAACAGUGAUCAUUCUAUCGGAGCAGAACAAUACAGAGCUUGCUGUGGAGAAAGGCCAAUUAGGGCAAGCAUACAAGUACUUGCCAAAGGUGUUCGAUCAAUAUAAAGGUGCAGAGGGAUUUCUAUUCAUUCAGGAUAAUAUGAUUCUUAAUUAUUGGAAUCUCCUACAGGCAGACAAGACGAAACUCUGGAUAACCGACAAGGUCCCUCAUUCUUGGGUUUCUAUUCCCUUUGAUGACAAUGGUGAGCAGUGGUUUAAAGAUCAAGGAGCAAUGGUGAAGAAGGUUGUAAGCAACUUUCCGGUACAUUUCCAGGUCAGUUACAAAGAAAGCAUGAGUGAAGAUAAGCUCAUCAUCUGUGGUAGUGAGAUAUUCUAUGUUCCUCAAAGAUUUGUGGGUGAUUUUGUUGAUCUUGUGGGACUUGUCGGAGAUUUAGAUAUUCAUCACAAGAUUGCAGUGCCGAUGUUUUUCCUGGCAAUGGAUUCACCACAAAAUUUUGACUCUGGUGCUCUAGCCACUAUUGUUUAUAAGCCGAACUUGUCAGCUAAUGAGUCAUUCUCAAGCUAUUAUACAGCUAAAGCACCUGCUGUCUAUCCAUUGGAAGUGCACAAUGAGCCCGAUUUCAUAAAGCUAAUCAGAAUCAUGGCUGCAGGAGAUCCUCUCCUGAUGGAGCUGGUGUGA